CGGGCGUUAAUGUCUGCUCCCAAGAGUUUCAAUUGUAGUCAUUUCAAUGCAGGUAGCUGUCUGAGGUGGGCGCUACUUUAAAACCCAAUUUUAGGAAUUUCCCGUUCAUAUGCACUCACCUUGGUGAAACCAUCUUGCGUGUGUCAGGGUAAGAAUAUUCAAACACCAUCGUCUCCGUAAAAUAUUUUUCAGGAGUUCCAUGGAAGUCAGGAACAUCAUCAUUUAACAUCCGAUUCAAAGCAAAAGUUGAUGGGAAACCAUUUUAUGAAACUUUACAUUGCUGCGGAAAUUUCAGGACGGUCAAAGAAGGUAUACAUAAUAGAUUUCUACAACGUUAAGUAAGAACACACCCUUCUGGAAAGUACUUAGACUUGGCUAUAGAGUUUGGUUUUGGGGACUGAGAUAUCCGCCUGUAUUCUAAAAGCUCACGCGCAGUCAAAGAGUGGAGGUUCAAUCUGAGCUUCCCUUGAGUGUCAAUGCUGUUUGUGAAUAGCUGAAGAGUUAGUGUCGUGACUUACUCUGUGACUACUAACUCUUCAGCUAUUCAAAAACAGCACUGACACUCGAGAGAAGCCCAGAUUGAACCUCUACUCUGUGACUACUAACUCUUCAGCUAUUCAAAAACAGCACUGACACUCAAGAGAAGCCCAGAUUGAACCUCUACUCUGUGAGUGUGAGUGAGAUUACAGAAUACAGGCGAUCGACUUUAGAAUCCUUUAUGUUGUUACUGAUGACCUAAUUAUGUAAACUAUUUUAUAUUAUCCAGGAUAACUGUAUGAUUUCGUGAAUGUGUCCAUCUGUAACAAGAUAAAGGACUCUAAACCCACCACGAAAACGAGGCUCUACUUCUUGCACUGUGCGACCAGGCCUUGUCAGCAGUUUUUGGGUGGCAAAUCGCACAACAACAAAAGAUGACAAGUAUAGCAGUGAUUUAGUAAUUGACUCCUAUUCUUGUUACCGUCUUUUUCCCCAUGCGGUUUAUCACCUAGAGUUGCUUGCAGAUUACCAAAAAUUUGAAUCAAAUACUAAAGUAAUUGUUUAAACAAUGUAAUAUGUAGAAGCGAAGUCGAGCAGUGAUGGCAACACCGUUUUUAGUUCAAAUGAAACUUGUUUUGUUGUCUUGGCAAAACUCAUUCAACCCAGCUACCAACGCGAUGUGAGCAAUUGGCUUGAUGUUGGUAUUGAGUUCUCUUCAAGGCAAAGUCUGGAUGGAAAGUUUCUGUACUUAGACCCGAGGUGAGUUACUUUGUCUCGGUGCUGGAAAUUUCCGACAGCGCCAGCAGCCCCGCUGACAGGGCAUGUACUAAAACCUGAACGAUGGACGCCCAUGGACGAUAGACGAUGGACGUUCAUCGUCCAGGUUUUAGCACAUGAAAUACUAUCAUAAUGAAGAGAAAAGUGGGAUGAAUAUACGGCCGAAAAGAGAAAACCAACGAUACCAAAGUUAUAUCAAACGUACUGCAUUUUUAAUUAAUUUAAUAAUUUUGAGUGAUUUGUCAAUACAAUUUCGCUUAUUAAAACUGCACUUUAAAACCUUAAAAAUAAAAUAGUUUGGGCUCAAAAUACUAUCAAAAUGACGAGAAAAAUUAGUCGAAUCCACUGGUAUACGGCCGAAAACGAGAAAACCAACGAUACCAAAGUUACCAAGAAUCGAACGUGUACUGAAUUUCUAAUUAGUUUAAUAAUUUUGAGCGAUUUGUCAAUGCAAUCACGCUUGACUUUCAAAGGCCAUAAAUCGCUAGAAUUCUGUUGUUUAGUAAUACAUUUGACAUCCGUAAGUACAAUUUCGUACGCUAAAUCGAACGGUGGUAUUUUUGUCCUUAUUGGGCGCAUAAAACCAGAGACGAGGCUAUUAAGGCGCAGCAAGAAGUCAAUCGUGAGAGUUCGAGAUUAAAAUAGAAAAGAAAACUUUCCUCGAAGAAAGGAAUUCGGAAAACGUGAAGGAUUAUCUUGAGCGGCUUGUCUUUAAAAGGCCAUAAAUAGCUAGAAUAGAAAUCAAUUUUGAAAUCAAUUUUCCAUCCAUGAAUACAACUUUUCACGCUGAUUCGAACAGUGGUAUUGUUGUCCUUGUUUGGCCCAUAAAAGUAGAUUUAAAGCCUAGCACCCAUAAAAGUAGAGAUAAAACCUAGCAAACAGUCGAUCCUUGGAUAAAUUUGGAGCACGUGCAAGGAAUUUUACUAGGCGAUUAAGAAAACGUAUUGAUGCGAACAAACUAACAAACAAACGGACAAACUCACAGGCAGAAUAUAAUGCGGUGCCAAACUUGGGAACCGCAAUUCAAAACACUAAAACCCGCACACUUCCGCUCCUGUACUUUGUUGUCAUUUAUUGUAUAUUUCGCUGUGUAUUAAUAAUAAUACUGAUAUUGCAAUACUUGUAACAGAGAAUGGCUUUUGUAUAAAGUAGCGUUGGAUUUGUGGCAAGAUGAUCACGCUAAUCAUACACAUGAAAAAGCGCAAAAAUAGCCAACAUUCUUUCUCGUUUACGUGGAAAUGCAGAAAAUAUCGAAUGUAGUGAACUAAAACUCUUUCCAGCUUCUGUCACCUAAAUAUCUUUUACGAGGUCAGUCAGUCAGUCAGUGGUGCCACCAGAGUAGUACAAUUGCAUGGGGUGCAGGAGGGGGAAUGUCGAGCGCCGAUGGCGCGAGACACUGUAGGGGUCUCGCGCACAACGAGAACAUUUUGAAAUCUUGAGUCAUUGAAAUUGGGAUUUCCGGAAUUGCGUGGAGUAUAAAGUACACGAAACACGUGAUCUUUCACGACAACACCUAUGUAUAGCUGCAUCAAAGUUCUAUACAGCCGAAUCAAAGUUCACCUUGAAGAAAAGGGGGGCGUGGCCUCCCGAGUCCUUUCCGGUAGAAUACCGUUGAUUUUUAGUUUAUUGGUGUUAUUGAUUUUUGAGUUUAUCCGUCGAUAUGAAACCCUUAAAUGAUAUUUAUUAUCAGUAUUAUAGCGGAAAAUAACUAUAAUGGAACCGCAAGAACAAAAAAGGAUCCAAUAUGGGAAAAUGCACAACUGUCAAUGAAUAUUCCUUUAACGCAAAAAAUGAAGAAGCAGGAAAAUAACAACAAAACAAUUUAUUUUCGUUUUAGUUAUUGAUCAUAUUCAUCUCACUUUUCUCUUCAUUUUGAUAGUAUUUCAUGUGCUAAAACCUGGACGAUGGACGUCCAUCGUCCACGGACGUCCAUCGUCCACGGACGUCCAUCGUCCACGGACGUCCAUCGUCCACGGACGUCCAUCGUCCAGGUUUUAGCACAUGCCCGCUGACAGGAAAUGUUUUACAAUUAUCCUUCGCAGGAAUUUUUUUACAUCUUGUCAUCUUAUAUACUGGAUAUUAUAUUACAGGGCCGUAACAACCGGGGGGGGCUGCCCCCCCCCCCCAAUAAUUUGCUAAUAAUCAUUCUUUUUUCAAAAUCUUGCAGACCUUUAUCAUUUAAUCCAUGCAGAACUGCAAAGAAUGAAGAUAUUACCCAUACUUUCCUGCAACUUAUCCAAAAUAUAGUUAAUUAAAUACGCCUUCGCCCAUUUAGUGCUACUAAAUUGUAAAUUUUGACAUAUUAAAACGCUGUUUUCUGACCAUCAGAACUCUGUCAAAUCUUCCCCAAAGUCCAAGAAAUGGCAAAUUCCCUCGGGCCUUCGGCCCUCGCCAGCCCGCCAAUCAAAACGAGCUUCCUACGGCCUUGAAUUUACUUCUUGUUUACAAACGCGUUUUACAAGUCGAGAUUGGGCCGAGAUUGACGUUUAUCACAACCUGCGGCACCAUACGUUCUCUGAAAUCUGACGUUUUAUAUUUGACUGACACAGGGAAUUUUUAUUUACCGAUUUUGCUGCCAGGAUGAGAAAUAUAUUUUCUUGGCCUGCUCUGUCUGUUUCUUGCUUCACAGAUUUGGUGCUUUGGUCACGCACAUUUAUAUAUUUAGGAAAAUGGAGCAUACUCUGAGCAUCAUCAUCAUUCAUCAAGCAUGUACUUUUGUAUUUUGAUAAAUUUAUUUUGUCAGUGACUUCAUUUGAUUGUAAAACUAAUUUAAAUAUUUUUCAUAAAAUAUAGGAGAUACUUAUAUUUACUGCGUAUAUUUGCAGGUGUAUUCCUAUCACAGGUUACCUUCCUUACGAGAUACUUGGAUCAAUGAUGUAUGAGUAUAUUCAUUUUGAUGAUCUGGAAAAUAUCAGAAUAAGUUUUGAAGCAUGUAAGUCUCACAUCAUUCCAUUUUAGACGCAUUUUGAAGUAUAUUUAACCAACUGUUUCUCACCUUACCUGCGGUCAACACAAAAUUGUUUUUUGAAGCAGUACAACUUUGUUCGAAUACAUUACAGUGCAACCUUCCGGUAAAUACGUCACUUUGGCUACAAAGCCUCGUUGUCGUGUAUAUGAUAUUCCUACCAGGGACCUGUCGUUGCAUUUUUCGUAGCUGUUCCUGGUUAGGUCUAAUAAAUGUACAUAAAUUUCCACUCAAUAAUUUCCAUCAACAAGACCCUUCAACCAUUGAAUGAAUGAGGAAUAAUAAUAAAUAAUUCAUGAAUGAGGUUCAGAUUUGACUUCCACUACCGCUACCAUUAAUGAACUAUUAACCAAUCAGAUGCGUACUGAGCCAGCGAGAGGUAGUGGUAGUGGAAGUCAAAUCUGAACCUCGCUAUUUAAUAGUCAAAUCCAAACGUGUCAAUCACGAAAACGACUUUCUACAGCCAAAGUGACGUACAUUACGUUGCAAUUUUUAAUGGAGCUAGAAAACGUUUUCUUGUUAAUGUUUAAAUAUUUUAGUAAUCAUAUUUGAACAAAACAUAAUGAUAAAAAAAUUUUCUUUAUUAACCUUUUUGAUGCAUAUAUUUGUGCCGUUUGAAAAACAAGUUCUCGUGAGUUUAUCGACUAACUCAAAUUGCAUUCUUCCUUCAUACACCUGGGUUGUAUAAAGACUCAACUAGUUUUCCAACCUCGUUCCCAGAAGAGGGAAGAGCCUGGGAACGAGGUUGCUAGUUUUUAAAUGCCCGUUUUGUAGUUAAAUAAUAGUUGGCUCCAGGGGCGUUUUUUUCAAAGGUCCAAAAGUGCCCUUUUUGUGAUGGAAAGUGCUCUUUUUGUACAAGCUAAUGUUGCUGCAAAUACUAUAUUAACAUCGAUGGCAGGGCUUGAAUUUUAUCGCGACAAUUGCCGUAGAGGGAGAGAAAAAUGCCGGGGAUUUUUUGCGGCAACAACUGCAAUUUUUUGCCGUAUAGUGUAAUUUUUAUACUAUUCACCGUGCAUUACUAUUUUGAUAUUUGAAUUCAGAUGUUGAUCAAAUCAUGGUAAAUUACUAUAAUUUUAGUCUCAGUUUUCUUCGAGAAAAAAAAACACUUAAAGAAAUACGUAAACAUAUUUCUAGCUUGUCAACAAUCCAAAGUAACAAUAAACUUAAAUUUUUAUUAAUUUGAAAAAAUGCCGUGGAAACUGUCAAAAUUGCCGUAGACAGCUGUUACGUUCUACGGCAAUUUUUAACGCCAUUGCCGUCGAUUGUGAUUUAAGGGAAAUUCGAGGCCUGAUCGAUGGUGCCCUUUUUGUUUGGAAAUUUCGAUGUUUUAAAAACAAAUUUGGUCAAAAACGUUCAUUGUACGUUACAAUUCGGUAUGGUAUGAUCGGUAUCAUUAUGGUAUGGUAUGUAUCAUUAUCCAAAAAUGCCCCUGCAAAAGGCCUCCCCCCCCCCCCAUCUUUUGAUGCUUCCUACGCCCCUGGUCAACCGUCAAAUAUGCGAUUCUGAUAGAUUAACUUUAACUGUAUACUUUUUUUAUAAAACCGGUCCCUGCAUUGGAAAGUCUUUGGAGCACUUCUGUGUCUUUUUUGCCCAAUUUUCACUCUACCAUGCUAUUAGCACUGCAUCGUGUAGUGCCUGUAACACUAAUUUCAUGUGUCAAUAUCCUUUCUUAAUAUAUAUUUACUCCAUCCCACCACCGCGCCAUUGAAAUGUUUCUGUUCUCACAUGUAUAGUGUUAGAAGAUGGUGAAGGCGAAACUGAAGGUUAUCGUAUCCUCACUAAAGGAUCUCAGUGGAUAGUAAUCAAAACAAACAGUUGUAUUUCUUACAAUCACUGGAAUUCCAAACCAGAGUUUAUUUGUAGCACCCAUCAGUUGGUUAGGUAAGAUCUACUGUUAUAUAAUCUUGAACUGUCUGUGUCAGUGUAGGUAGUGGCAAUAAUAUGAACAAGCUUUCGUUGAUAGGAAUGCAACUACCUGAAAUUUAUACGGAGAAUUUCGACGUUUCGAGCGAAGGCCCUUUAAGGUACAAACUUCCGAGAUAAUUUAUGCUAAUUUAUAGGUUAAAAUGGGCGCAUGCGUAGUUGACAUUAGUUCGCGCAUGCGUAGAUUAUAGAAAAUGGCGUGAAUCUAAGAAAGAUUUUUUGUAAAAUUCUAUAAAAGAACAGUUUUGUAUUCAAAUAUAUGUGAAAUUCAUUCUAAAAUCGUUACAUGGUUCUUCGAGCCGGAUAAUUCUAUCAAAGGAAAGAUGAGUCAACAAACAAAAGAGAAAAAAUCGAGAACAGCGCACCGAUCUUACACAAGAAAGCUCAUACACAAAGCUGGAGAAGUUUGUAACAACUAUGAUGGAACAAAACCUGGAGAGAUAAAGUUGGAGGGUUUGAACGAGAUUUAUCGGAUAAACUUACUAUCUUAGAUAAACUGGAUAAUUCAAUAAUCGAAACUGUAGACGAGGAAAAGGAUAUCGAAGCGGAAAUAAACGAAUCAAGCGAAUUCCGAAGUUCUAUUCAUGAAGCAAUAUCGCAAAUAGAUUUAUGUUUGUAGGAACGUAAAGUCAAACAUAAUGGUGAGCAUGAUCCAAAUGGCUCUUUGAGUUCAAGUUCUGUGGUUAACAGUUCAUAUUCUGAUGGCAAGCAAAAUGUUCGCCUACCAAAGCUGAAUAUCGGCCCACAUGGAUGCCCUACUUAAAUUGCCAGGAGCUAAUACAAAUUCAGAUACAAAGAAAUUAAGAGGAAUAUAUGAUGAAGUAGAGCAACAUGUACGCGGUUUGAAAGCAGUCGGAAUUAGCAGUAAGCAGUAUGGGAAAUUUCUUGUUCCUAUUUUGAUGAAUAAUAAUCCCUCAGGAAUUGCAACUGAUAAUAACAAGGAAAUUGGGAAAGGAAAAGUGGGAUUUAGAUGCGUUACAGAAUGCUUUCAAGGAGGAACUGGAAGCUAGAGAGAUGUGCGAAUUUGUGCUUUUGAUGUGUGAAUUUUUUUCAGCUUCAAAGAAUGAUGAUAUAAGGAAAGGUGGACGUGGUCGAAGGUAUCCAACUACGGCAGAGGCAUUACUAGCUCAAGGUCAGUAUGAGAAGUUGAUCUGUUAGUUGGGUCAGAUUUCUAUUGGCAGUUUAUGACUGGAAGAGUCCAAAAGGGGGAGGCUGGGCCCACUGCAAUUGAGUCGCACUUGGGGUGAAUUUUAUCUGGUCCAUCAAUCUCUAUGAGGUUGGGUUCACUUGUUAAACGGCUGCGGGGUGAAUCUGAGCUCCUUAUAGAGUAUGAUAACAUUCUUAAAGAGCAAAGGAAAACCGGUGUGAUUGAAGAUGCCCCAGAAGGCCCCGUAUCAGUAGGCGAAGUUUACUAUAUUCCCCACUACUGUGUUGUCAGACAAGACAAGACAAGGACACCACAAAGGUACGUGUGGUGUAUGAUGCAUCAGCAGAAUCAAAGGGGAUCUCAUUAAAUAACUGUUUACAUUCUGGUCCCUGUCUUGUACCCACUCUAUUUGAUAUUAUGUUGAGAUUUCGCUGUCAUCUGUUUGCCUUGGUGGCAGACAUAGAAAAGGCAUUUCUUCAAAUUGAGAUUGCACCUGAGCACAGAGACUUUCUUCGUUUCCUGUGGAUAGAUGAUAUUAGUAACGAACAGCCAAAUAUUAUUGUCCAACGAAUGACAAGAGUUACAUUCGGAGUUACUGCCUCACCAUUUCUGUUAGCAGCUACCUUGCAAUAUCAUAUUGUAAAGUACUACUCUACUGAACCCAAAAUUGUAGACAACCUGCUUCGAUCGUUAUGUUGAUGACCUCGCCUCGGGUGAAGAUUCUUAUCAGAAAACAUAUGAACUGUACGAAAGGGCAAAAUCUAUUCUACAAGAAGGGGGAUUUACCUUACGUAAGUGGGCGACAAAUAAUUCAGACUUGCGUAGCAAAAUUAGUCAAGAUGUCGGCAAGGAUGAUACAAAUUCGAGCACAAACGAAGAUGAAUCCACCUACGCCAAAGCAACACUCGGUUCAUCAUCCAAGACUACUGUUAAAGGAACUGAACAAAAGUUGUUAGGGUUGCUGUGGAACCCUGACAUGGGUGUAUUUAUCAUCAGAUUCCAAGAUUUAAUCAAGGCUGCAGAAUCGCUUCCUGCAACCAAGCGAAGUAUUCUGAAGAUCGUUGCGAGUGUGUAUGAUCCAAUGGGAUUUAUAUCUCCUGUUAUACUUCCUAUGAAGAUGCUUUUUCAACAGCUGUGUAUUGAAAUGGGCGAUUGGGAUGCUCCAUUGACAUCACAAUGUGAACGAAAGUGGCAGGGCUGGAUAACCGAGUUAAGAAAGAUUCCUGAGAUCAAGAUCGAUAGGUGCUGCAUAGAGGAGAACGUUUGUAAGGUAGAAUUACACGGAUUUUCGGAUGCCAGCAAGGGAGCAUUUGCCGCUGUUACUUACUUAAGAAUCGAAUCUCAAGAAUCUGCAAUGUUAACCUUAAUCGCCGCCAAGACAAGAGUAGCACCGUUGAAACAACAAAGCUUACCGAGAUUAGAGCUUCUUGGAGCAUUAAGUCUUGCAAGACUUGUAUCAGCUGUUCGGAAAGCCAUUGAGCCUGUCAUCCCUAUCAGUUCGAUCUACUAUUGGACUGAUUCAAUUACCACAUUGUUUUGGAUACAAGGAACUAGCAAAGAGUUUAAGCAAUUCGUGGAGAACAGAGUAUCGGAAAUCAGAGAAUUGAGCGGCGUAGAGUGCUGGCGACACGUACCUGGGAAGUCCAACCCUGCAGAUCUACCAUCUCGAGGUGUUCGGUUGGAAGAUUUAGCUGAUAAUAGUUUAUGGUGGAAUGGUCCAACUUGGCUUCACGAAUCUGAAGAACAUUGGCCUCAAUUCAAGAAUGCAGAGCCUGACGAGGCAGCGGAGAAGGAAAUGAAGUUGAGCGAAUGAUCGUUAGCGACGUCGGACGGUUCUACACACGUGUCAGUAACUCAAGUUCAGAACAGGUAUAAAUCUAGAACUAUUAAUCGAUCCAAAAAGAUACAGUUCUUCAUUAAAAUUAUAUCGGGUUACAGCUCUGGUAAUAAUAUUUGCGAAAAUAUUGCAAGCGCGCAGAUAGUCGACAGCGGAAUCGUGUCACAACUGACGAGAUAAAAGAGGCGGAAGUGCUAUGGUUCCAAACCGUUCAGAGAACCACUAUCGAUGGUAGGAAAUUCUCACAAGUUCAAAGGUCUCUAGGACUUUACAGCGACGAUUCAAAGCUUCUACGUUGUAAAGGAAGAAUAUCUAAAACGGACAUACCAACAAAAACGAAGAAUCCGAUUAUUCUACCGAACUACCAUCAGUUAACUUCGAUUAUAAUUCGUGAGUGUCAUGAACGAGUGCUUCAUAAUUGGGUGCAAGACACCUUGUGAUGUUUAAGAGAACGAUUCUGGAUUGUCAAAGCGUAACUUGUCGUAACUUGUCGUAAAUUCGAAGGAAAGGCUUAUACACCGCCAACUCAAGCAGAUCUUCCCAAAUUCCAUUUUACUCAAGAUUUUCCAUUCAGUCACGUUGGGGUAGAUUUCGCGGGACCAAUUUACGUAAAAUCGGUUGCUAAAGGACUAACCGAAAUGACCAAAGCGUAUAUUGCACUUUAUACAUGUGCAAGUACUCGAGCAGUUCAUCUGGAAUUGGUUCCAAACCUGACAGCUGAUGCGUUUAUUCGAUCAUUUAGGAGAUUCAUUAGUCGAAGAGGUAUUCCAAAGUUUAUAUUGUCGGACAACGCUAAAACAUUUAAGUCCUCAAGCAAUAAAUUGUCAGCAAUAUUCGAUUUACUGGAAGUCCAAGAAUUGUUACAGUCCAGACGAGUUGAAUGGAAAUUCAUAGUUGAAAAGGCCCCUUGGUGGGGUGGGUUCUGGGAGCGAAUGGUCAAGUCGUCGAGGCGUUGUUUAAAGAAAACAUUAAAGAAUGCGAGAUUAAGUUACGAUGAACUUAAUACAGUUCUUACGGAAGUGGAAAGUGUACUAAACUCAAGACCACUGACGUAUGUUGAAUCUGGCGAAAUGGAAGAAGCUUUAACACCUUCUCAUUUAUUAAUGGGAAGACGUUCAAUUUUGAUGUCAAAUUCUAAGUGUGAAGGAGAAACGGUAGACAUCUGUGGAACGGAGUUAACAAAAAGAGCGAAGUAUCUAUGUAGGUUAACUGACAGUUUCUGGAACAAAUGGCUUAAGGAAUAUCUUCUGAGUCUUUGGGAACAACAUCGUGGCUCGUUGAGCGUGACGAAAAAAACAUCUAUCAACAUUGGUGAUGUAGUUAGUGUGCAUGACGAGAACAGAUCUCGAGCAAAGUGGCGUUUGGAAAGAGUUCAUGCGCUAAUACGUAGUACAGAUGGGAAAAUACGCGCUGCUGUUAUUAGAAUUGCGGGGGACAGCAAGAAACCAAUGUACAUACGGCGUCCCGUUCAGAAACUGUUUCCAUUGGAGCUUAGGAACGAACAUACCCAAGAAGAUGAAACGGAGGAUCGUAGACCAAGAAGAAAGGCAGCAAUUGUCGGAGAAAUAAAGAGACGUUGUGUUCACAAAUAAGUUGUCAAGGCGGGAGUGUACGAACUUCCGAGAUAAUUUAUGCUAAUUUAUAGGUUAAAAUGGACACAUGCGUAGUUGACAUUAGUUGGCGCAUGCAUAGUUGACAUUAGUUGGCGCAUGCGUGGAUUAUUGAACAUGGCGUGAAUCUAAGAAAGGUUUUCUGUAAAAUUCUAUGAAAGAACAGUUUUGUAUUCAAAUAUAUAUGUGAAAUUCAUUCUAAAAUCGUUAUACCCUUCUAUCCAGUAACUCCAGACGAAGGGCCUUCGCUUGAAACGUCGAAAUUCUCCUUAGAUUUUUCAGGUAGUUGCAUCCCUACCAAGGAAAGCUUGUUAAGAUCUACUGUUGCCUUUCACACUAAUUCAAGAAAUUCCAAGAAAUCCCUGAUCAAAUGGGAGAUGUCCAAUCUAGGUUUGAUUCUGGGUGAAUUGGCUUCUACAAAACAGUACCAUGGCAACUAUGACGUUUCAAUGUGACCAAUAUAAACUUAACUCGAAGAGAACUUAGGCAUCUCCACUUUUUAUUUUAGGCGUAAAAAAUGUUCUGUUUCUGGUCAGCGAGCGCGUCACUUUUAAUAACGGGAACGGAGAUAAAAUCCUUUAUACGAAGUUGACAAAUUUGGUGACAGUUUAAAAUUAGUUAAUGUAACAUGGUUGUUAAGUCUCGGUGUGUAAACGUAUCCCAAGAUUUAGAUCUUAGUAUAAGUGGUUAUAAUUGAUAUUUUUGUUGUUUGUUAUUUAUCUAUAAUAUUAACGACUUUAGGGGUUAGGUGUCAAUUGGGACAAAAGUCCUGUUCCUUUCCCAUCACAACUUGUCUUUGUAAGCUUGUAUUGUCAGUCUAUUGUCAAUGUUAAAACAUAAAGUAAACGUAAAUAUAGUUGAUCUGUAAAUAACAUGUAAACUGUGACAAACGUAUUAUAUUAUAUUAUAUCAUAUUAUAUUAUAUUAUUAGUAUAGGUAAUAGUUUCGAGUGCAAUUUGGGUGAAACAUGCACGUGUGAAUUUUUCAAAGAGCAUCAAAAUAGCACGAGUCCGAAGGACGAGUGCUAUUUGAGGUCUUUGAAAAACUCACGAUUUUUGUUGUUACAUUUUUGUUGUAUCACUGUUGUUACAGAUUUUUGCACCGCUGUUUGAGAUUAACUGCACUGAAAUCAACCAAUCACAGUCGAGUAAUAUUUUUAUGUAAAUUACUAUAACAAUAAAAGCCAUAUAUUGUCCAUAUAUUUCAAUGUUUAUUCACAUUUUUGAGAAGUGUAAUAUGUGGGUUCAUUGUCAUGCUAAUUAGAAUGUAUUGUUUCCUGAGUAUCAUUUAACUAAAAAGACCUCAUCUCUCAAAAGUGUUAAUUAAACAUUAUAUUUAACUAAUUUUAUGUAUUUAGUUUGAAAUGUUUUGAAACUUCAGUGAAAUAGUUUGAGCAACCUGUUUCUUACGAUGUGUAAAGUGUUAUAUAUUGCAUACAUAAUGUUUCACUUGGUAGAUUAGUAUGUACCAGGACGAACUCUACGAUCAUCAUCACAGAUCCAACUUGAAGUGCCAACCGAAAGCGGAACAUUUCAGAGGACAGUGCUGCAGCUGCAUUUAACUCUCUGCCAGAUAGUUUGCGAAAUUGCAAAGAUUUCAACAUUUUUAGAACAAGUAUGAAAGUCUAUCUCACAGACUUGGCCCACGAGAGGCUCGGGCUGGGGUAUAAAUGACUAUGUUUUGUUACAUCUGUUUUGUGAAAUAUGUAUGUGCAGUGAAUGUACUGUAUAGAUGUAUUAACUCUUCAUAGCUACUCAUUGUAAAUAUAGUACUUGUUAAUGUAGAUUAGUUAAUUUAGUGAUAGAAGAGCCAAUUCAAUUUGGAAUCGCUAGUAAAUUAUUAUUAUCAUUAUACACAAAACAAUAUAAAAUUGACGACGAGCGUUAUUGGUCACUGUAAUUGGUCUGCGGCAAAUAUUUAAGUGCAGCGAUUGAUGUGUUUUGUUAUUGCUUUUCUGAUGCUGACUUUAUCAUUUUAUACAUGAAGAAAAUCUGCCAAAUACAGCAGCGGAGAAACGAAGACUGGUAGAGCUUCCAGUUGGAAAGUGGAGGGAAGUACGCCCGGAGCAAGGGCGAUUGAAUCUUCUAAUGAUGGUCAAAGUAAUGUGUCAUCUGAAGUUAACACGUAUGUACAUAAUUUAAUAUCAGUUCUAAUACUUUUAAUAGAACCUCUGGAACUCCCAAGGGAAACGAGGCCGUUUUUUCAAUUUAAGAAAAUAUUUAAUAAUAUAAUGAUCGUGUUACCGUGACAACCGCUUCAAAUACUUCAUGUUUGGAAAAUAUAGUGGUUUUGCUAGCAUGUAUUUCUAGUAUGUAAGUUAAAGCAUAGUUUUCCAACUGUUGGAACACUCGCCAAACCUUUAUUUUGUUAAUCUAGAGCUUGAAAUGUCUCCGUAAUGUCUCCUGGAUUCUUACUCUGGCGUAUGCACGCGUAAAGAAAUUUUGCAUUAAGUUAUUUUUCAACGGCUUAUUUGUUUGAAUUUGCUUCUCACAUUUUUUCACACAGUUAUUUGUACACUGAUAAACAUUGAAAGUGUGCAGUAAUAACGUUUGUUGUGAUAAAUCCUUCAUUAGUCAGAGCCAAAUAAAACUUUCGAAAUUAAUAUACAUGCAUGUACAUCACUUACGUAAAUAUCCUGUCGAGCCCUAAGCUGAGUUAAAGUCUCUCCUCGUUUACAUGGAAUUCACCCUGGUGUAUUUAUGGCAGUAAAAAUUUUCCUGGGUGUACCAGUAGUGUUCGCCUCUUCGGACUGCCAGACCCUCUAUUGCUUACGGAAUGUGCAGUGAUAAAAAAUUCAUUAAAUUAGGUAUGGUUAUGGGAAGUGUUCAAUCCAACACAAUCCAAAAGCCUUCAUCUCCAAAUGAAUAUACCGUUCAAAAAUUCUUAGAUGUACAUUGUAAUACAUGUAUAUGUCAAUGUAUAUACGAUCUGUGAUUUUCUCUAAAGUAAAUUUUGCUCGAUUGUGUUUCAGGUCGAGCUCGUCCUUACGAAAUAGUCAAACCAAGGAUACAGUUACCAAUGGAACGUCCUGGAUGGUUGAAAUUACUCAAAAUGGGUAUCCGAAAUCAGACAGGAAUGAUUCAAUUCAUAGUCCACAACAAUCCAAUGGGGUAACAAAUGAAAUGCCACCAUGUAGUCCAGCAAUUGAAAGUAAUCCACAAUCACCCGUUGCUGCGAGAUACUGGUCAGGACAAAGUUCUUCUCAGAAUAGCAGUUUUCAAAAUCCUUUAGUUGUCAUACCUCAAUCACGACAACAAAAUAUUGAAUGGUUUACCUCCUCUUCUGGUACCUCUAGUAAUGUAGGAACUGAUCGGUAUCCACAGUCUCCCAGGGUAUUACAGGAAUAUACUGAGUCUAAUGUGAGAACUGAUCGAUAUCCGCAGUCGUCUAGGGUAUUGCAGGGAUAUACUGAGAUAUCUAGCACGCCGAUGUGGCAAAUUGCUGGACACCCACAAAGUUCCUCAGACACCCCGAGUGAGUUUUCUCAGCCGAGUUCUCAAAUGCCACAAGGAUAUUAUCCAUCAUCACCAGUGACCUCUGAAAGAACUUUUCAACCACAUACACAAAGCUUGAGCGAUCUUUCUCUGGCAUCUUCCAGUUUGCCUCCAUCCAGUCCAGUCGGUGAGAAUUAUCCUUUAUCUCCAACAACUGCCCAUGUAAUGUCACCUCAAAUGACCGCAGAAUCUAGAUAUCAACAAUCACCGUCCCCUACAGGAUACCCUGCCACCCCUGCAAGAAUGGUUAAUUCUUAUCCUCAAUCUCCAUGCAGUGUACCCCCUCAUUCUCCUCAAUCCCACAAAAUGGAUGAAUAUAGUCCAUCGUCACCACUGUUACCAACAUCUCCUCAACCCAGAACAAUGCAAGAAUAUCCUACACAAUAUUAUGCCCCAUCCCCUCAAGUACCUGACAGAUAUCCCCAGUCACCAGCCUAUUCCCCUAGAUCACCUCACUCAUCAGCACCCUGUAGUUUUCCACACACCGCUGAUAACUUUAGUCAAUCACCGUCUCGCUAUCCUGCAUUAUCCCCAUCCCCGGCACCAGCAUACCAUCAAUCACCUGCAAGAGCCCACCAUAUCCCUACCGGAACCAACGAGUUAUAUAGGGCAAUGUCACCUUACUCUGCUUCAUCAAUGAACGAAGGACGUACCUUACCAGGAGGUUACCAUAUGUCUCGUCAAUCAAACACUACCUACCCCCAGUCACCACACGACUAUCCUGUUAGAUCCCCUCAGACACCAACUACCCCCACAGAAAGAUACCUACAACCCAGUGUAUCUCCCCGUCCAAUGCCACAUGAUACCAUAAAUCAUCCUAGAUCACCCGAAAGCAACCUUCUACGAUCUCCUGUAUUACCACCUCCUGUGCGGCAUAAUGUACUCGGUGAUCAAUCUACACCAAGUCCAGUAGUGAGUAAUAAUAUGACUCAUUUUCCUGUGCAAUCAGAUCAACAACGCUCCAGAUUGCCAGCAGAAACUUUGGGUAGGAAUGAUGGAUCUUCAGAGCAGUUUGGCAAAAAUAGAGGAGUACGACCACAGAGUUGGGAAAUGUUCUCUUCAUCUUGCAUUCCUCAACAUGGUGGUGGCUUAUUUAACACCAAUAGAACACAGAGUAUCACUUGUGAAAGGCAAACUUCAGAACAGCGCGAUCUGGGAGGGCGAGAACAUCAGGCUUAUCAACCAACACAAGGUAUUCACAGUUGUUUAAUUUAUUAUUUUAUUGCUAAUCAUGUUUGGUGUAGGCGUAAACACCAGAAACGAUAUUGCACUCAAAUUCACAUAUUCAAGACAGGUUAACUUAAAUGUUGUUAUAUAACACUUAAAAUGUCCUGUAAUAUUAAGCAAGAUAUGAAUUAAUGUGUGAAGUUGGAAAUGUUAGUGAAAAGGGGAUAAAACGGCCCAUUAAACUGAUUUGAAUACAGGCGCUAUUUCGUUUGCGAUUAUACUUUAUUCCAGUGAAUUUACAAUUUUGUUAUUAUUUGUUUUCAAAAAUUUUAUUCUCAAGACAGUUUUUCUAGUUGUCAACAUAAUUUAAUACGUUUGCUUGAAAGGACACUUACAAACAAAGACAAUUACACAAUACCAAAUUUGAAAACAACAAAAUGCGGUAAGCGCAAUAUCAUACCAACCUCGUUCCCAGGGGUCAAGUGCAGCGUACCCGAUUAGCAACCAAUCGCUUGCAUAGACGCAAGGUGUUUUAUCAGCACUGAUCAGCAAUUAAAGGUACGUUUUAAAACAGGAUUGGCAGGUUACAUUUAAGGAAUCUAAUGCAAUUACAUAAUGCAAGCAAUUCAAGGGUGUAGUCUAAUAUAGGAUUUGUAAGGAAAUUUUUAAUUAUUGUAAAAUCUAUGAAUAAUUAAUGCGACAAACAAAUCACAGGUCACAUGUGCCCACUUGUAACUCGCAUUAAAGAUCAGAAAGUCAUGUUAGAGGGAUUUUAUGAAAGUUAUGAAUACCAAUUCAGAAGUAGGGGUGUUUAUGAAAGUUACCAAUACCAAUUCAAAUUUUAAAUGUAUUACUAAUGAAGUGUGAGAUUUUCCCCAUGAGCAGUGAAUACUAAUAAAGUAAACAAAUAAAUUCAUUUUGCAAGUACGUUAAAAUAUUCACAUGGGGAUAUCAAAUUUCAUCAUACCAUGCUCAUCCUCGUCAAUCCAAACCAAAUUUGAAUGACAAUAUAAUAUUUAUUUUUAAUUGCAGAACAAACGUUAACAACGAGGCCACAGGAUUCCACUGUUAGCUCGGUAAGUUUGGAUAACUUUCACAUGUUUGGUGUUCUCUGUUAAUGGCAAGCCAAGUCAUGCCAUGAUAAAAAUACUUUGGAUUUCAGCGUCAGUGGAAGUCUGUGGCGUUGUAAGUUUAGCAACCCUGGGAGGAAUGGUUCUCGUUUCCUCUCUUGAUCGAGAUAGGCUUUGCAGGAACAGUCAAGAACUGUUUACAUCUAUUUAUUUAUUUUAUUUAUUUUAUUAAUUUUUUAAAAAUUAAUUUUACAAUUAUAUCAAUUGCAUGAAGGCUCAGACAACAGGACAAAUAAAGUCUUGCCUGACAUGCUACAUUACAACACCAUUUAAACUAACAAACUCACAUUACACAUCAUCAUAUAUGUACAUAAUUAAAAUUCGCUAAAAUGUACUUUUAGGAACAACAAUGUAAAAAGGGAGAACGACACUCAGCACAAAAUAUUUUCCAAGUCCUUGGUCUGUCAACAUCAAAACAUGCAUUACGUUUCUCAGUAUAAUGUUUAUUACACUGGCCGCAGUCAGUGUCAUGGAAUGCCCUUGCUGUCUUUGUCUUUUUCGGGGGGGGGGGGGUUGUUGUCGCAAGUGUGACAUUCCAUUGCGGCAUAAUGGGCUCAGGAUUGCGCAGUUUAGCUAAAACAUGCUCAAAAGACGAUUAGGACAUGGAUUAGGGUUAGGAUUGGGCUUAGGACCAAUUUUACACAAUGUUAAUCAGAACGAAUUUCGUAUUUAACUACGUUACAAAUCUUAGACGCUGUAAUUAGCCAUUUCCCAAUCGAGCAGAGGACUGGGUCUAGUUCAUGUUUGGAGGGAUGUUUGGAGGGACGUUUGGAGGGACAACAAGUUAUAGUGAGCGAGCUAAAUAUAUAUUAAAAGAUGCCUUAUUAUAAUUGUUGCGUUUCAGGCUGCACAAAUAACUUUAGGAAUGUAGGAAAACUUCCUAGAUGCCAUAUUCGGCAUAUUGUUUAUUUUUUGUCCCUCCAAACAAGCGACUAGACCCAGUCCUCUGCUCGAUUGGAAAAUGGCUAAUUGUGGGACGUAUUUUAUUAUAUUUCAUUGCGCAUGCGCGUGAACUUUUCUGUGUUUUUCGAUAAGAUAUCGCUGAAACUCUAUUGAUUUUGUAUGGAUUUUUAUUGUGCCGUACUCUGAAUGUUUGUGAUCAUGAAGUGACGGCCGUCAAGAAGUGAAGAACAUCUACAUAUUUCAAAUUAUUUUGUAGAAUAUUGCGAUGGUAUUUUACCAACUCCGCGAGGCCAGUGUGAACGCCUGAGCAGGCGUCUUGUUGAGUUUAGUUUAGUUUAGUUUUAAGCGAGUGAACAGUGAGAGGAUUUUACAUCGUCGGCCAGACUGUUCCAUAGGGGUACAAUCCCAUUUUGGGUGGCAAAUUAAAAAUAGUUAAUUAAAAGAAAACAUGGCGUCAAAGCAAGACUGUGGCACUGACUGCGGCUGUUGCUUUUGUUUGAGCAUUUUGAAGAAUUAUAAUGCUCCACAGCUGUGUAGUGGUCGGUUGAAUAAAUUAUUGGAUAGAUUUUUAUGAUACGUACUGCAAGACCUGAAUAGUAAGACGGUCCUAUGUUGCUUAUGGACCCCUGAAGUUUCAAGAUUUUAUCAAGCUUAAGAUCAUUUUCACUUUAUUUUAGAUGCUGCCAGCUAAAAGCUCUUCGUACGUUAAAGCUCAAAGAAUGAUUCAAAAUCAAUUAUUUGAGAAACAAAAUCAUCUUCAAAAUGUUAUUCAGGAUCAGAAAGCACUACUAUCUCGAAUUCAGGAACAAAUUAUCCACAAUGCGCAGUCCUCAGUACACGAAAUUGGUGAUUUGGAAUCUACCAAACAAUUUCAACAGCAAGUAUAUGAUCUGGAGGUUGAACGAAAGCGACAAGAAACUAGACAGCAAGAGUUAAGAUCUGUAUUUCAAGAAAAGCUUAAUAGUCUACCCGCUCAUAAAAGUGAUGGAGAAGUGCAUAAUAGUGGAAUGUCUAGUUCUCAUAUGGCAUACUCGCACAAUGUGAGAUUACGGCCGUUCCAACAUGUGGCAAAUACUGCACAUUCAUCUGGUGCAUCUCAAGACCUUGAGAAUAACAAUAGCUACCCUGGAUUAAAUGCCAAUGAUUCUCCAAAUAUCCCCCAAAAAGCACGUGGUGAAUGUCCUAGUGGUUCUUAUGAAUUUGUAAACGGACGCUCUCCACAACGAGUUCGACAGACAAGCACAAGUCAAGGAUUUGAGGAAGAUUUGUUUAGUGGCGUUCUAACUUCUGACAGAGGACAAUCAUCCGGUAAUUAUUACACACUCUUAGUGCAGUCAAUCGAUCCGCAUUCCUCGACAUCCUCCAUUCCAUCACAACCGAAGAGUAAUGAUGUGUCAUUUAAUGAACGUCAAGGCAGUACAGUAAACACGAGAGAAGGUUGUGGGUCAUCUAGCAAUCAAGUGAAGGAUUAUUUUUCGAAAUUUAGUGCAAGUGAACUAGAAACGUUUCUCUCGUCGUCUUCCGUCUCUUCUUCGACAUCAUCGGAAAAUGAUGCAUCAGAUAAUGUCGUUAAACAAGAAAUAACAGCACCUUCAACUUAUGACUCUCUUUUACUGCAACAGAAACGGUUACUUGAAAUGCAAGAGGUAGGUAAAAUUAAUUCAAUCUUAGGAAGAUAAAUUUUACUCUUUCUCUGAUUCAAUUUGCCCAGACCGCAAAUAUAUCUGAUAUUAUACCUGGUUGUUGUGGACUCACAAACAUGAACACUACUUAGCUUACUAAACAAAUUUUGAAGUGGUGUAUGUGCUUAGGUCUGUGCCAGUGUAGGUAUAGUGCCAAUUAUAAGAAAGCUUCGGAUUGAUAGGGAUACAACUUCUUGAAAAUAUACAAGGAAAACUUCGAGCGAAGGCCCUACGUCGGAAAGUUAGUAGCCAAUUCGAAACGUCGAAGUUCUCCUUGUAUUUUUCAGCUAGUUGUAUCCCUGUCAAUCCGAAGCUUUCUUAUGUACUCAGGUGAAGGUUAUUUAAGGUUAUGUUACUGUAACUGUCCACAACGGGCAAGCUGAAAAUUUUGCAUGACCACGUCGGCUCCAAUAGGUGAUACUUCAGAAUUCAGUCUCGUUCCUCGUAGCUCAGUUGGUAGAGCAUUGGACUAACAAGCCGAAGGUCACGGGUUCGAUUCACGCCGCUGUCACAGAAUAAAGACACACAGAAGGUCGACUCGGCCAAAAAAAACGUAACCGCUGCCACGCAGGGCCAUAGCAGGGUGUAUAUUCAUAUCUUCGUGUUCUGCCCGACGGAUUUCUUUUGAAAGCGAUUGUUUUUACGAUAUGUAAACAUGAAUAUAUGAAUAUACCCCCCAAUUAUCGCGUCUAGCUACGGCCCUGCUGCAACGCCAUGAUUCGCAAUGAGACAUGGUCCUAGCCAGUGCGCUUAUGAGAGGCAUUCACCCCCUGGACGUCUACCAUUUUGAAUAUUAUUAGCAUUUUGAUGACGAAUUACAGUUACCCAAAAUCAUAGGAAAAACCAAGAAGUCGAUUUUCUGUCUGUAUUCUGUGCCGCUGUCAAGCAAAAUUUCAGCUUGCCCGGUGUGGGCACGCUCAGACCAUAGUUAAUGACAAUCAUGGCAAAAAUUCCGUGGACACUUAACCUUAGGUGUAAACUAAAGUAUUACUGGUCACAUACACAUGUUGGCGUCUUUUUCACCUCCGCUCCCCUCUACAAUGUUGGUUUUGACAUGCAUUUCACAAAGCGUUCACCAAACCAAUUUCUAAGCUUUCAACAUUGAACGGGGGGGGGGGUAAAAGCUGUUUUGCGCGCGUGUAUUCAAGGCAGGUAUGUCCACAAUAAUUUUUGCUAGGAUUGUAGUAUCGUCUCAAAUAAGAUCUUGAUUGUAUCAGCACUGCUAUAUACAAUGGAUUUGUCGGCUUUGGGACAAACCAUAAUAAAACACUAGGACAAACCAUAAUAAAACACUAACAUGCAUUAUUGAAUAAGAGAGCAAAGCCUAAUCAAGUCUAAUCUGUUUUGUAAUACUGUGAUGCGCAUGGAUGCUGCGACUGAAUAGACUUUCAUCGCUUUGUUAUUGCUGUAAGUAAUGUAAGUGGAACCAACUUCACGACGUUUUCCCACAAACCUCAUUUUAACUUCCGACCCUUUUUAGUCUCGAAUAACCUUUGCUGCAAAAACUGAUUAGUUUUUCGAGUUUUCUUCAACUCUAUUAAACCUACGUUUUGUCGCUCUUUAACAAUCUGGAUGUACUUUUGUUGCCAGGAGCAACGACGUCAGUUGGUGAGACGACAACAAGAACAAUUACUAAGGUUACAACAACAACAACAGCAACAACAACGAAGAAUGUUUAAUGAGCUACAACACACAUCAGAGAAUACUCCACAAGAACAAGAACAAUUAUUGCCAGAAGGUAUGGUAUAGAACAGUUCUCACCUUUGAAUUUUGUACGUUUACACCUUUGGCAGCCAAGAAAAAAUGUGUAUUCACUUAUAGGCCGUUUGCUGCGUCCCGCGAUAUCGUUCACUUUCAUUUAACAUGUCUUGGAACUGAAAUAUUUUUACGGGAACUAAUACUUUGAAGCACGCUGAGUUCAAAUCCGAAAAGUUCCCGCUCCGUAGACCCGCAGUUUUCUCACAAACUUCUAUUUUAUCUUCACUAAUUUCACAACAAAUAUUUUAAUUGUUCAACGACACGGAUCGACGACGACACACGAUUACGUCACUCAAAAGGACCAAUUUCUAUUAACCAGUCUUCCUUUUAACAAAAGACCGUUUUGCUCGAAUCAUUUUGAGUUAUGUAAUCUUAUGCGUGUUGGACGUAUCUUGUCUACAACUUUGAGAAAGUACAGAUAACGCUUUCUAAAAUCCUCAGUUCUAUAAAAUCACAACUAGGACGUUUAUGGAAGCCCUCUUUCCAAUAAUAUUCGCUUAUCGCAGAAAAUAACACCAACUGAUAUAAUAGUUCAAAUGCAAUGAUAAGUUACCUCUUGAAUUACGUCUCGGAAACUGUGUUGGAAAUUUAAAUGCUGACCCAUUACAUAAGAUUACCGCGUUUUACAUCGUUGUACAAAACAUUCUGAUUGCAUGUAAGGAAUUAUUUCAGCGUGUUCGAAAGUGUUAGUUCCCGUAAAAAUAUUUCAGUUCCAAGAGAAUAUAACAUGCAUACUUCAAUCAAUGAACUUUUUUUGGAAGUUUCAGAUUUCUCACCAGCCAAUAAGCAAUAAGCCGAUGGUUUUUCCAAUGAUGACGUUUGUCGAGCAAUUUGCAUCCCGCCUAUCUACACCAAAAUUUCGACAAAAACUAACUUUUUAUUGAAGAAAUUUAAACUUUUUUCAACGCUAAAAAGUAUACUUUUUUCAACGCUAAAAAGUAUAUAGUAAUAAAUAUAUCCAAGGGCAAGGUGUUUUGCAUCGGAUUUUUUUUUUCAGAAACUAGCGUUAUUUUUGUUGUUUCAAGCGACCGUAUUUAAAUGUGUGUAAAUAUAUUGUGUGCAUGAAAGAGUUGCAAACCUUAGGAUAUUUUCACAUAUUUUCUGGGUUCCCUAUAUGCUUACACGUCAGCAAAAGCGAUGCCGACGAAAGAAAAAGUCGCUUCGCGCAAACAAAUUCUCCAAGUGAAAAACAGAUGACAAAGUUCAUGUGCCUUCUAUACGAUUGUAGACUAAUCUUGCUCUACGUUUCAUUCUCUGUAGUUAGUGUGAAUGAGUAAAUAGUUGCGGAGUGCAUUCUCUUCAGUUUGCUUAUAUGUGCUCAAAAUGUUUCAUUCGGCUGUUGAGAGCAUUUUAUAAUGAUCUAGUUUUGAUUUUAGGUAUAAAAAAUUAUUCUGCCUAAUAUUGAUUAUUUUUUCAAUUCCUUACCGUAUAUAUUAUUUUACAGUUCCGUAUAUUAUUUUGCAGGAGGUGUAAUAUCUGAAGAUUCUAGUUCUGAAUUGUUCCACGAACUGAGCAAUGAAGACAUCAAUGUUGUAAAUAUGUUGCUUGCUGAGGAAGUUGGCACAGAAUUAUGGACCAAUGAGUUGUUUGAUAAAACCUCAUGAUGUAGAUGGGAAUCUGUACUGUGGCAGUAUCUCUGGCACUUUAUGUUAUUCCCAAAUGUUUCCGUAACAAUCCUAUCUAGUUUGCCCAGGACUGUAGAAUGAACGAAAUGUGUCAUGCAUUUUCAUUACUCGUAUUUGUAAUUGAUUGGUUGCAUUUAUUUAACCACGUGAUAAAGAUACAGGCAAACCUAAUAGGAUCGUGGAGAACUAAAAGCGAAUCUGGUGUCAGGGACUGAGACAAAGAGUUUGCAAUCUAGUGCUAAUUCGGCUUAAGCUGUCAUGAUUGGUUCAAUCAGUAAAGGAAAACCUUUCCAACACCAACAAUAAUUUUAUACAUCCGGCUUCCUAGUGGCGCCUCCAAAAGAGCAGAGGACUACCGAGCACUAUACGACUUUCGGAUCACUUUCCCCUACUAAUGUUUCCAAAGCUGGGCUAAAGGGGAUGUAUUCGAGGAAACAGUGAAAUUUUCAAAAGCUUCCGUUGUCUAGUUACCCGGCUUCCAAAAACUAACAUGAAACUUGUGGGAAUAUAUAUGCAUGCAGACAUUUCUGAAUACGUGUACACAAGUUGAUGUCGUGACAAACGAUUCUGGUAUCAUUUGAAUAUUACGGGGUACAUUUUUUCGCUAACCAAUCAGUUGCUGAAAUUUGUUUCGCUUCACGCAAACAAAGUCCCCUAGUGGAAAAACAGGUUUUAUCCGGCACUCUUUCCAACGCAUUAUAGCAACCAAUCACAAUGCUUCAAGCUUUAAUUAGAUUGCAUAGUGCUUGCGACUAGUUAGCUUAGUUGGUUGAACAUCACAUUGAACGUCUUAGUUGUUUACUCGCUUAUGCUUGCGUCGCAACUAUCUAGUUCUGGGACCAAUUUUUUUCACAAUUUAGUGAAAAGGCCAUGGUCUUUAUAAAUAUAUUGGGUGGGGUAUUCAAUGAAAAUUGGGAUGAAAGUAAUAAAAAAUGGACAUUUUUCAUAAAGAUGGAAAGAAGGCUUCGGCUUUAUAAGAUAAGCUUACGCUUAAAAAUUUGAGAAAAAUAGCAUGCGAUUGCUCAUCAACAUUAACCAAAAAUGUUACGCUGGUUUACACUUAAAAUGGAAAUCGCUACUUUUCAAUGUUUUUAAAUGUGAAAAUCACGUUUAUAUUAAAAUCUGCGUGUAAAACGAGAAGAAAAUGAAAAGUUAACUUACCCGGAACCAACCAGCCAAGGUGGUUUCAGAAAAAAUAGAUCCACGGAAUUGGCUGUGCUUGACUUUAUUGAUAAAAUUACUAAGGCAAUUGACGAAGGAAAAUUUACUGUUGGUGUUUUUCUUGAUUUGUCAAAGGCUUUUGAUACAAUUAAUCACAAGAUUCUGAUAAGCAAGCUUGAACAUUAUGGCAUAAGGAGAGUUGCUAAAACAUGAUUUGAAAACUAUCUUUAUGAAAGAAAACAAAUAGUAAAAUAUAAUGGUGUAUUAUCUGAAGAAAUGACCAUCAAAUGUUGUGUCCCUCAAGGAUCUAUAUUAGGGCCGUUAUUAUUUCUUUUAUAUAUAAAUGAUAUUGAGAAUUGCAAUGAAUUGAUUUCAGUUAUACUAUUUGCAGAUGACACUAAAUACUUUAUAGUCAUACUUGUCUUAAAACUCUAAAUAAGAUCAUCCAGGUGGAGCUGGAUAAAAUUACGGAUUGGCUAAGUGCCAAUAAACUUUCUAUAAAUGCCACAAAAACUAAAUUUGUUCUUUUCAGAUCAAGAAAUAAAAAACCUGCCCAAAGUAUAAAAAAUAUUUCUAUCAACAAUGAAAAUAUAAAACAAGAAAAACAUACCACAUUUCUCGGAAUUGUCAUUGAUGAAUUUUUAACGUGGUAUAAUCACCUUGAUUUGGUAGCGAAGAAAAUGAUAAAAUGCGCCGCAAUUAUUUCAAGAAUUCGACAUACAACUCUGAAUUCCUUAAAACUAAAUAUGGCGUCAAUUUUAAAGCAUCAUUGAUAAUUGUAUUUUAAUUGACAAUUUUUAACUAUUAUUUUAUGUUUCUCAACCGGUAGAUGCAUUUGAAAAAGUAGCUAACUCUAUAAACUAGAGAAUAAAGCGAAAACAAAGUAAUUUCGAGAGGAACGCCAAAAAGAUUUUAGGUUUUGAACACUUUUCAUUGCAAAUACGUGACAUUGAAAAAAAUUGCCUCUUAAUCAUAAUAUAUUUCCUGACUUUAAAAAAAGAACAUUUGAACUGCAUGCUAGAUUAUAUUAUGAAUAUUUAACAGUUAUUCUACGAACUCGAGUCGAAUAUGAACUGAUAGCCGAUGAGGUGCGUAGCGCCGAAUCGCCUAUCGCUCAUAUUCGACGAGAGUGAGUGGAAUAACUGUUGUAUUAUAUACACAAGGUCUCAAUUCACAGACUUUGCUUUUCGAAUAUUUUCAAUAUUUUUCUAUUUUGUUUAUGUUUUUAUCUUCGCUUUUUCGGCCGAUUAUUUUUCAAAAAUAUAUAGUUUUAACCAUUUUAAAUUUUAAACAUUUAUUUGCUAUAAACCUGAAAACAAUUUGUGGGAGUUUUUCAUUGUGUUUUUAAUCAUGUGAAGGCUAUAAAAAGCGACAACUUGCCGUCAUCAUCUUUAUGUAAAACGUCUGUAACCGGUGUAUAAAAAAAAGUAAUCUAACUUCAGCGCGCUAUUGUAUGUGAAUUACUCGGCGUAUCAACAAUUUUUUCAUAGUCGGAAAGAUCAGGCUUUUAGCUAUUGAAUGACAUGUUUUCAUGCCAAGUGGAGAAAAAAUAAGCAAGUACGAGUCCGAUAAAAAAUGCUGUGCAUAACAAAAGAAAACGCAAUGAAUCACGAACUUGUCGUAGCUUUAUAGCUAAGAUUUGUUCCUAUACUUAAUAAUAAUUAUGAUUAUUAUACAUUGGAGUUGGUAAAAGCAAUUUGAUUGGCUAAGAGCUUACAGUUAAAUCACGCAACCUACAGAAAAUUCAGUUAUCGGCUAGCAGAUAACUGAGUUAUCUGCAAAUGAGCCUGCGAUGAUUAGCAAGCGGUAUCUAUUUAACACAAACAAAUGUAUAAUAAAACAAUUAUUGAAUUCUGUUUUUGCGAUAUGCAAAGUUAUAUCAAGGUCUCGGUAAGCGUUAUCAGCCUCGCCUUCGGCUCGGCUGAUAACGCUUACCUCGACCUUGAUAAUUCCGCAUAUCACAAAAACCUCAUCCAAUAAUUGUUAAAUAUGUGCGUAGUUUAUUGAAGUAAAUUUUCAUCAACUUAACUCUCAACGAUGAAAAUAUGCGAUUCUGACUAGCAUUUUUUAUCGGACUUGUACUUGCUUAUUUUUUAUCCAUUUGGCAUGAGAACAUGUUAUUCAACAGCCGUAAAAGCCUG